AUGUUCUUUCUGGGCGCCGCCAGCUUUCUUGCGCAACCACCUCGUCGUUGCGAAAAACGGAGCACCAAGCUCAUCGGAUGGAAGGCCUUCAAGGAUCCGACCUUCACAUUGCUGUUGAUGGUGAACCUUGUUCACCCCCUGACGGUCGCCAUCCCGACGACGUUCGGGCCCGAGUUCAGCAAGGCCCUAGGAUACGACAUGAAGAUGGCUUCGAUAAUCUUGGCAAUCAGCAGUGUGGUGGGCAUCCCGGCAAGGUUCCUCAUGGGCAAUGCGGCCGAUAAAGUUGGCCACAACAACAUGCUCUUCCUGGGAACAUUCACCUUCGCUGUCAGCACGCUAGCGCUGUGGCUUCCGGCUGCGCAGACGAGCAACGGUGCGGCUUGGAUCGUGUACAACGUCGUCUACGGCUGCGUCUUCGGCAUAUUUGGCACGGUCAUCAACUCAGUGCAAAAGAGGCAUUUCGGCGACGAGCUGUACUAUCCGUACAACGGGGCACUGUCAUCGAUCAGAGGCGUGGGCUACAUUGUCGGCGUGCCAAUCGCAGGGUCGUUGGUGACCCGGGUCAAGGAUUCGGAGUUGCAUGGGAACGACUUCGUCAAGCCUAUCGUUUAUACAGGCACGCUCCUGAUGGUGUCGGCGUUCUGCGUUGGCGGUGUGGGUUGGCUCGACGGCAGGAAGAACGGGUGGAAGCGAGCGAGGUAG